UCUCAAAGUGCAUCGCCCACCUCCGCUCAGUCACUCACCUUUUCACUCCUUCUCUCUCUCUCCGCCUGUUUCUCUCUCUCAACACAAACUGUUCAACCUUUCUUCUUUAUAGAGAUCUUCUCUCUGAAGCUUUUUUCCGGUUUGUUCUUCUUCUGCUAAAAGACCGGAAGACAUUCUAACCAAGUCAGCGAGCUCGUCAGCAUGCGUUGUGUGAGCUGGUUGUUGCUGGGGACCUGCCUCCUGGUCCUGGGCCCCGCGGUGCAGGGAGCCCCGGGCCAGUGCCCCAGCCUGUGCCACUGCCACGGCGACCUUCAGCACGUCAUCUGCGACAGCGUCGGGCUGAAGAAGAUCCCCCGGGUGUCAGAGGUCACCCGUUUAGUGAACCUGCAGAGGAACAACCUGGGCACCAUACCCACGGGGGCGUUCAGCGAAAGCAAGGGGCUCAUCUCGCUGCACAUGCAGCACUGUCAGCUCCGAGAGAUCGGAUCCAACGCCUUCAAGGGGCUGAAGAAGCUCAUCUACCUCUACCUGUCCAACAACGAGAUCAGCAGCAUCAAGCCCGGCGCCUUCGAGGACCUGACCGAGCUCACCUACCUCUACCUAGAUGGGAACCAGAUCAGCGACCUCGCCAAGGGCAUCUUCUCCCCCAUGAUCAACCUCUUCAUUCUGCAGCUCAACGACAACAAGCUCCGGGAGCUGCGGCCGGGGACUUUUGCGGGCGCCAAAGACUUGCGCUGGCUGCACAUGAGCGGGAACGAGCUGACGACGCUGCAGCCGGGCUCUCUGGACGACGUGGAGAACCUCGCUAUACUCCACCUGGACAGGAACAGGAUGUCCAACUAUCCCACCGCGGCAAUGAGCAAACUGCGAGUGGUUGAGGAACUCACGCUGGGGAAGAACCCCAUGAGGACCAUCCCGGACAUCGCCUUCCAGAGCUUUGGGCGCUACAUGGAGAAACUAUACCUGGACAACAUGGGUCUGGAGAAGUUCUCUGAUGGUGCGUUCAUUGGUGUGACGGCAGUCAAGACACUGAACCUGGACAACAACAAGCUAAAGUUCCUUCCCAAAAGCCUCGAUUUUGGCACCAUCACCAACCUCACCAUCUCCAACAACCCGUGGAGCUGCACGUGCCAGCUAGCUCCGUUACGCAGGUGGAUGGACUCUAGUCGCAAUCGUCCAGACGCAGUGUGUGCAUCUCCGUCUCAGCAGAAAGGAAAGCAAGUGAGAGACAGCGCCGCCUUCGGUGGCUGCAGAGUCAAGCCAAAGAGAGCCAAAAAGGGCACACGUCAUUGAACACGCAGCUGUACAGGAGACGCCGAGGAGGAGCCUGUCCAGGUGACUGGCUACACAUGCAACGAAAAGCAAUGCUAACUCACUCUACUUCAAGACUGUCCAUCUAUUCAUCUGCCAAAUGUUGUCACGUCGUGUAAACGCAGACAAACACUUUCAUAGAUACACUUGCUCUCUGUCUGUCUGUCUCUCUUUCACACCCAAACACAUCAAGAGCUUCUUUUCAUUCAUUUAUAUCAACGAUGAAGACUUAAGUAUGGAGUGGAAAUGUGCAACAUCCAGGUAACCACCAAAAUAAAGGAUGCAUCUGAGUAAAACGAAGGACAAGUAUGUUGUCUUCUCCUGGUGCAUUCAGGAUCUUCAGGAUAAACAGUAAUUACAAACAAUCUGAGGAUGUUGUUGUCUUAUAAGUUUCAAUGGUUGCGUCCAAAAAAUUAUAUUUAGUACGCUAAAACAGUGUACAAGAUGUUUUAGUAUGUCCGAAACCUUAGUAUGAGUCCAACAGUACGCGAGUUGCAUACUAUUUCCAGUGAAAUAUUACAGUAUGCUAACACUGGACACUACGGUGGCAUAAAUAUCCCACAAUGCAAUGCGGUAGUGACAACAACGUCCAUAACAGAUGUUGGCGGACAGCUCUGUAACGUCAGUAAUGCUUCAAUUUAAGUGUAAUAUUCCACUUUGCUGGGCGUAAUAUAGUUUUUAAUUUAAUUCAGACUUCUCACAAAUCAUCGUUUGGUCACAUGAGGUUGGCACGGGUUACUAUGGUUACGUGUCUCUAACCGGCAAGGAGGGUUCUCAGGAAGUGACGACGUAAAUUACUGCUCAGUGCGACCGAAAAGAUAUAAAACUAUUACUUUAUUCACACAAAAGUAUGUUGAACGAUAGUAUGUAGUCAUAGAAUGCGGACGAAGCCAUAGUCUUAAGAUAAUGUAAAGUCAAACCAGAUUAGUUUAAAGGACAUUUUGGGAAAUGUGAGAUGAGAAGAUCGAUACCACUCUUCAGCUUUAGCUUAGCACAAAGACUGGAAACGGAGGGAAACAGCUAGCCUAGCUCUGUCCAACUCACCAGCACCUCUAAAGCUCACUAACUAACUAACAUGUUAUAUCUUGUUUAUUUAAUCCAUAAAAAUAAUCAAUUAUUGAUAGAAAACAUAAUGAUUAGUGCAGCUUUAAUAUAUUGGACAUAAAGUCUCCUUUAUUUUGGUGGUUACCAAAAUAUAAAUAUAAACAAUGAAUCAACAAUGGCUCCAAAAAAGAUAAAGAGGCUGAGAAACAUCCUCCAAACUGUGAGGAAUUAUUAAAACAACCUCCAACUGUCACGUCAACACUCGCUUAGCCUCUUGUGAUGUCAGUUUUACACCCUCACGGACCGAGAAAACAUCCAAGACAUUUAAACACAAAAAGGACAAACAGUUGAAGAAGACCUAUUUCUCCAAGAAGUUGUUUGAUUCACCUAAUAAAGCCCACCAACAUCUUCAAAGGAGACCCAUCUCCAGUGCCUUUUUCCCCGUAUAAAAGGUACUUUAAUGAACUAUAAAACCGGAUUUAGUUUAUUUUUGGCGACGCUAAAAAUGUACACAAACGAGAAGAAGUCUAAAAAGAUAAAUAUGUUCAGCGUCAUUGUGUCUUUAGUUUAAUGCUAAAUCUUUGUAACAUACUUUCACUGAUUUAAAAUGUAAGAAAAAUAGGUUUCUUGCACACCAACUAUGAGGGUUACUGACUGUUGACUUUAUGCAUAUCUAAUGUAUAUUCAAUAUCAUUUCCUUGACUUUUGGAAGUGGUGACGAGUGCUCACAUCCAAUAAACCUUUUACAAAAUCAA